CGUUUAGAUAACCUUUAAUAGCCGAUUCUCUCCAGAGUGCUCCACCCACCAAAAUUUUUUUGUCAUUUUGGUUCAGAAAUCUUCCAUUUUCAACCCAACAAUAUAUGCCUACUUUAUUUGCAAGAGAUUUUGUUGCAACAAAUCCCCUGUUAACCAUUAAGUUCAAUUAAGGAUCUUGGCAUGACGUGAAGAUCUUUUUACACCACAACUACUUGUACUGAAACGCACAAUACUAAGCAACGGCGCCCGCUGCGACCCAUGAUUCUCAGCCUUGUGACACGUUUCAUUGCGUACAGGUUAACGUGCGCCUCUGCCACAAUUAAUUUGUCGUGAACUGCAUGCGUAACGAAGGGUCAAAUAUCAGGCGCGAAAGCACGAGACAAACUUCGAUGCCUCUCUUUUUAUUUAUUUAUUUAUUUAUUUUUGUUGCUGCUUGUUCACUGUUGAAUGUUCAAUUAUAUGUCGCUACAACUUGAGAAUUUAACAUGAGGUGGAAUGUCAGAAUGAGAUCAUUAUUAAUAGGAUUUGGGGAAAUUAAAAUAGAGCAGGUAAAAAAUGGAGGUAAGCAAAAGCUAAAAGUGAUGUGAUGUGAUCCUCGUAAUCCACGUGCUAGAAUGCGCCAUAUACUAAGCAUUAUAGGCCGGCCUCCAUCCUUUUUUUUUUUAAAAGAACUUUUUUUUUUCCUUUCUUUUUAAUGCUGGAUGUAAGUACUGUUGUUGAGUUUUCGUGUUGUGUUGGUGUUGGCUCUGCUUUUUGCAUUUCUUUACUACUUAGUAUUGCAUUUGGUCUUUAAAUAUUUAUACACAGUUUAAAGCUGCAACGGAAUCGCUUUUUACUGAAAGUGUGUGCGCAGGAUAAGAGCAUGCACACUCUUUCCAGUUUCAAGCAAGUAUAUAGCUACUCUUUGUAGACAGGGAGAGAGAGAGAGAGAGAGAGAGGGCGAGGCUUUGGGUUGAAGAAAGAAUCAGGUCAGUUUUAUUGUUAUUGUGAUGACUGAUGAGUGAAUUUCAUUGAAAGGUCGGUUUCUUUGAGGAGAUAAAAACAAGAACAAAGAGAGACUAUUCAUACUUUGGUUGGCGUGCUUCGAUGCAAACUGAUGAGUUUUUAUCUUGGGUUGUGUAAAAGCCCCUCCUUGUAGAUUGUUUUUUCAGGAGCUACCAACCUUUUCUGCAGGCGUUGUUCUUUGAGGUUGGAAUCUUGAAGGUUCUUCUUUGCUCACCUCCAUUGGUUGAUGUUCAAUAACCUUAGAUUCCUUGACAUGGGUCAAUCCUAGUUUUGGAUGAUUGGAAUAGAAGAAAAAGGAAGAUGAGAUAUUGAUAAAAGGGUUUAGCUUUUGGAUUUUGCUUUUUGUCAUAAAGAAGAUGGGCUUUGUUGAAGAGAAGAUCAAAGUUGGAGGCUUGGUUGGUCGAGCACAGACUACUUUGCUAGAGGAAAUGAAGAUGUUGAAAGAAAUGCAGGAUCAGUCUGGGACAAGGAAAGCUAUAAAUUCGGAGCUAUGGCAUGCCUGUGCAGGUCCCCUUGUGUCUUUGCCUCAGCUGGGUAGUCUUGUGCAUUACUUCCCUCAGGGACAUAGUGAACAGGUAGCAGUUUCUACUAAGAGAUCGGCAACUUCACAAAUCCCUAACUAUCCUAAUCUUCCAUCUCAGUUGCUGUGCCAAGUUCACAAUGUUACGCUACAUGCAGACAAAGAUACAGAUGAAGUCUAUGCUCAAAUGAGUCUUCAACCAUUGAACUCUGAAAAAGACAUCUUCCCUAUACCAGACUUUGGAAUAAAGCCCAGCAAACAUCCAACUGAAUUUUUCUGCAAAACUCUGACUGCAAGUGAUACAAGCACACAUGGUGGCUUCUCAGUGCCACGCAGGGCUGCAGAGAAGCUGUUUCCUCCGUUGGAUUACUCAAUGCAACCUCCAACACAAGAACUUGUUGUUCGUGACUUGCAUGAUAAUACCUGGACAUUUCGCCAUAUAUACCGUGGGCAGCCGAAAAGGCAUCUUCUCACAACAGGGUGGAGUUUGUUUGUUGGGUCUAAAAGGCUCAGAGCAGGUGAUUCUGUUUUGUUUAUCAGGGAUGAAAAAUCACAGUUAUUGGUGGGUGUAAGGCAUGCAAAUCGCCAACAAACAGCAUUACCUUCAUCAGUACUAUCAGCUGAUAGCAUGCACAUUGGUGUACUUGCUGCUGCAGCUCAUGCUGCUUCCAAUCGUAGCCCAUUUACUAUUUUCUACAACCCGAGGGCAUGUCCUUCAGAAUUUGUUAUUCCUGUGACUAAAUACAGAAAGUCUGUAUAUGGGACCCAAAUUUCAGUUGGUAUGCGGUUUGGAAUGAUGUUUGAAACGGAGGAGUCAGGCAAACGGAGAUACAUGGGAACGAUAGUUGGGGUUAGUGAUUUGGAUCCACUGAGGUGGCCUGGUUCCAAGUGGCGAAACCUUCAGGUAGAGUGGGAUGAGCCAGGGUGUAGUGAUAAGCAGAAAAGGGUUAGUUCAUGGGAAAUUGAGACUCCUGAAAGUCUGUUCAUAUAUUCGUCUCUGACUUCAGGACUUAAACGACCAUUUUCUUCUGGAUUUUUAGAAACUGAGUGGGCAAAUUUAUUGAAACGACCUCUUAUCUGUCCUGAGCUUGGAAAUGGGGUUAUGCCUUACUCUCCAUUGUCAAACCUUUGUCCUGAGCAAUUGAUCAGGAUGAUGCUGAAACCUCAGCUGUGUAAUAGUUCUGGAACCUUUGCCUCUUCUCUACAACAAACCUCUGAUGCCAAGGGAGCACCAUUAACGGAAGAAGAGGGGAAAACCCUGCAGGCUAUAGUCAAUCAGAAACCUCAGCUUAUCCAGUCAGAAAAUGCAAGGAUAGAAAACCAAAAUACUUCUGGAUUAUGUGUUGAUCAAAGUAAUAAUUUAAAUAUAAGUUCAUCAAAACCAAAUCCUCCAAUUAAAUGUGAGAAGCAAACUCCAACUGGAAAUGAUAAUUUGAGGUCAGAACCUGAGCAAUCAACUGAUCAGUUUAGUCAUCUAUCUUUAAUUGGAGAGAACAGCAUGGAAAAACUGGUGACUAGUCUAAAUCCACAAAACUUAGUAAACCAACUUACAUACCAUAACCCAAACCAGGCUCCAAUGCAAUUGCAAACCAGUGCUUGGUCAAUGCAGUCACAACUGGAAUCGGCUGUAUCGCACGGGCCACCAAUUAAUAUACCCCAAUAUGAUUCUGGUAAUCUGAAUGGCUUACUUCCUUUUGUAGACACUGAAGAAUGGAUAUCGCACACUACUAGUCAGUCACUUGCUGGUAUGUAUGGUAAAACGGCGCCAUUACCCAUGUCUGGAUUUCAAGAUCCUUCAGCAGUGUUCCCUGAAGUAAUCAAUCCCUCUUUACCUUCACAAGGCCAGGAGAUGUGGGAUCAUCAUCUGACUAAUUUGAGGUUUUUAUCGCAAGUUGACCCAUUUACUCCAUUUGCUCAGCAAGACCCCUGUGGUGUAAACACCAAUGGGCUGAGGGAUUUGUCAGAUGAGAGCAAUAAUCAAAGUGGGACUUACAGCUGUGUUAACAUUGAUGCUAGCAACGGUGCAAAUACUAUGAUUGAUCAUUCUGUCUCAAGUGCGAUUCUGGAUGGGUUUUGUACAUUGAAGGAUGCUAAUUUCCAGAAUCCUUCUGAUUGUUUAAUUAACAAUUUCAGCUCUAGCCAGGAUGUUCAAUCUCAGAUUACUUCUGCAAGCCUAGCUGAUUCUCAGGCUGUCUCUAGGCAAGACUUCCAAGACAACUCAGGUGGCACUUCUUCAAGUAAUGUGGAUUUUGAUGAAAGCGGUCUAUUGCAGAAUACCUCAUGGCAGCAAGUAGCUACACCUGUGCGGACAUAUACCAAGGUUCAAAAGGCAGGAUCAGUUGGGAGGUCCAUUGAUGUCACGACAUUUAAAAAUUACGAUGAACUUUGCUCUGCCAUUGAGCAUAUGUUUGGGCUUGAGGGUCUGCUGAAUGACCCCCGAGGCUCUGAAUGGAAAUUGGUGUAUGUAGAUUAUGAAAAUGAUGUUCUACUUGUGGGAGAUGACCCUUGGGAAGAAUUUGUUGGGUGCGUCCGGUGCAUAAGAAUUCUGUCACCUCAAGAAGUAAAGCAGAUGAGCGAAGAGGGAAUGAAGCUUCUUAACAGCGCUGCAAUGCAAGGCAUCGACUGUUCCAUGGCAGGUGGUGGCUGUGCGUGAGGUGGUCAUCAGUAAAUCUCAAUCAACCCAUCGCCAGAUAGUCUUCCAAUUUCUUCCUGACGGCAUUGUUUAUGAAAGGAGAAGAUCCUGUGAGUAUAAUGUGAUCGACCUGGAAAAAUAUAUGGAUGAUGUUGUAAACAGUGCUUCCAGAAAGGCCUAGAAGCCAUUCAUCACCUUUGUUUUAGUUUUUAAGUGACGGCAGACUGAUGAAUCAAUGAAUGUAAGGUGAAAUUUGUUAAGUAGGAAGUGAAACUACUAAUAUUAGGAUCAUCCUAUUAUUGCAUAUCAGAUUAUGAAAUGCCUUUUUGCCAUUGGCAUUGGACUUGUAUUUUGGGCCUUGGGCUAACCAAUUCUCUAAGAAGAAUUUAUGUAAAGAUAAGAAUUGUCAUUAAUUUGGAUUAGGGGUGAAUUCGUUUUAAAUAGAUUCGACUUUGGAUCCA